AUGGUGGAAUCGACAAAUUUCAUCAUCGUCGAUAACCGAAGUGAGAACAAAUCAAUCAGCACACCGUGUGACAGCUUUUUAGACAAAAAUGGAAAUUCCAUUUUUAAAUCGUAUCAUUCGCUUUACAAGCUAACGUACAAGCACAUCUACAAAUAUAAAAGGAUAACGUGCAUCAGCACCGAUGUGAUUUUCAAUGAGAACGGGGGUGCUUACACGCCGCUGUACCAUUACUACUAUGAAGACGUGAGCAGCCCCUGCUCGAGUCGGCGCGCGGGGGUCGACGCUGGGGCGCAGACCGAGGCGGAGGAGGCAAGCGGGGAGGUAAAGGAGCAACCGGCAGCGGAAACGGCAGCGGAAACAGCAGCGGAAACAGCAGCGGAAACACCAGCGGAAACACCAGCGGAAACACCAGCGGAACUAGCGGCGGCACCAGCAGCAGAACCGCACGCAGAACUGGACGACGCCGAUAGCGACGUGGACGAAGUCACCUACAACGAACGCGCGCCCAAGCAAAAGUGCCUGAGGUACUCCUUGUACGAGUUGCUGCUGCUGCGGUUUUUGGAAGUAAAGGGCGACGCCCACACCAGCAACCCGGAAGAAGCCAAAAGUGAAUACUGCUUCAUCAAGGAAAAUAAAAAUAACAAGCCGCCUCUUAACAAAUUUAACCGAGACAGGUUUGCCCCAAACAACGCCAUGCAUGUGAUGACCCCAGGGUAUACCUCCAGCUAUGGCAACCACCUUAAUUUCGCUAGCCACCCCAAUUUUGGGGGUUUACUAAACGCUUCUUUGAACCCGAAUGGGGGCGGAAUCAUCCCAAAUUAUGUCAAAGUAAGACCAUCAUUCAAUGAAGAACACUACAAGAGCAAUAAGCACCACCAAGGCUAUACACCUCACAUGGUAAACAGCUUUAAUAUUAGGUCUUUUAAAAAUGUAGACAAUAGUUCAUACCACCUGCCUGAGAAUAACCUGUAUAUUGACAACGAGGGGAAAAUGCAUCUAACUGGACAGGAUUAUUUUAUGAUCAAUCAAAACCACUUUCACAACAAAAUGGGAAUGAACAAUAAAUACGAUAAAGAGAAGAGAGCGUUUCAUUUUUCCAAUACUGGAGAUGUAGGCGGUGGUAGGGACAGCUCUUUUACGCACGAUUUCUCCAUCACACAGGAGCAGUCCACGCCAUUUGACCACCUCCGUCCACAUAACCAUCCUGACAGAAAAAAAAACCAAACCAGUGAAGCAGAUCGAUACUGGGAUCACCCCUCACACUACGCCAAGCGAAACAACAAUGAUAUAUUCACCCUGGGAGAUAUAAAAAAGUUCUGGAAGAACAAUGAGAAGGAGAAGAAUCAUAAUUUCAGGGAUCAAAACAACUACAGCAUUUUUAAGGACAACGAUGAUGAGAAUCUCACCAAAAGCAAUUUCGCCAAAUGGUUUAAAAAUAAUAAUAAUGCUACUAACCAGGAGGAGCCUGUAGAUAUUCUCGCCUACGUCAAUGGUCAUGGUGCUAGCGGUGUGGACACCGGGGAGGGUAAGAGCGGCCCGAGGGUCCUUGGCUCCGCGGCCAGGCCCAGCAGGAACAUUGGGAGCGUUGGCAGUGUUGGCGACGUGCCGAACUGGGGAAGUGGCGCGAAGGCGGAUGACGGAACACUGGGUGCACAGGCCGACCAGCCGCAAAUAAGCGGAACCGUAGCGGAGCUGCUAAUGAAGCAAAUUUCGAUACUGAAAGAGCGAAGUAGCUCGGAGUACGCCGAGAACAGUACUCACGCCGAUGACCCUUUUGACAACACGUGGCACGCCACCGGAAGCAACGCGGACAUGAGCCACCUUAGCAGCUUGGCAAAUUUGAACCACGUUGCAAGUACCAACCACAUCGGGGCCGGCCACAAAGGACUCCACCCAAGGGAUGGGGGAAAAGGCCUCCUCGACAUCUUCCGAUCUAGCAACUCCAACCAGAUAGCAAAUGACUUCCCCUCUUUCCACCUUCCCCGUCACGCAAGCCGUGGGAACAGCGCCAACAUGGCUGACGUCAACGUCCAUAACUUGGCCAACCUCGCCGACGCCUCCAACAUAGCGAACAUCGCCAAUAUGGUUAAUUUGGCCAAUUUAGCAAAUAUAACAAGCAAUGAACACUAUAGUAGAAGCCACCAAAAGCACUACCCAGAGGAUGACACCUUGGCUUAUGGUAACCUCGUGGAAGACAGCGUCCACAAUCAUGGCGGCAACAGAAGGACUAAUGACAUGAGUACUCUGGAUGGCAUCCUCAUCAAUAGGAGAGCAGCUCACCCCUUUUUGCAAAACGAUGGAAGUAACGUUAAAAGUAACUUACUAAGUAAUACUAUGGGGAAGAAAAUUCACAGCGGGGAGAAUUUCGCUGCAUUGCAUAGUGCCAACCAAGAAGGGAUUAAAAAUCAGGCAACUCCCCUGCAGGCCACUCCCCUACAGGCCACUUCUCCACAGGGCAGUACUCCCCAAGGCAACAUAAACAUCACUCCAAUUAUCAAUUCGCUACUCCGUCUAGAUAACGACAACACACACGGGGAUAGCAGCGACAGUGUGGCUUACCACUUGGCGGAUAACUCCAUACCAGAGAGUAUUAAAAACGCCAAGGUGAAUAACGUCCUGGAUUCGCUCAAAUCCCUGCUCAAGGCGUCAAGGAAUGGCACGGCGAGCGGGAUGGGCGGGAUGAGCGGCAUCGGCGAUAUCAGCGGUAUCGGCGGCAUGCCCAGCAUAGGCAGCAUGGGAGGACCCCCUCUCGGUGGGAAUAGCAGAAACUUCAGUAACGCCAGGGGAGGCCCCCACCAAAACAGCAAGAACGCCAACCAUCACGCCAACCAUCACGCCAACCAUCACGCCAACUAUCACGCCCAGCAGAUGUAUCCACAACAGCUGCACCCUCAGCAGAUGUACCAACAACAGCACAUGCAGCAGCACUGUGCCCCCCCAAUGCAAGAUUUUUACAAAAAGAAAUUCACGAAGGACAGCAUCAAAUAUAACUUCAAGCACGCGGACGUGGACAUCACUACCAAUGAAACUAUCAUGGUACAACAGAAGGACGAAAAAAAAAGGAAACCCUGA